UUGAAGACGGCGCCACGCGAUUCAUUCGAAUUUGAAAAAUGUUCCGUUGCAACUCGCAACUGCGUCUCCAAAAGUCGUUCGAGUCAACGGCCGGGAGGAAGUUAAAGUAUAUUUGUGUAAUAAGAAUUGAAGGUGUUAAAGGGCAACAGUGGACCUCGAUGGAUUUUUUCGUUAUUUAGAAUCGGAUGUUGAUAAAAGAAUUUCGUCACAUGUUAAAUUUGCCAUAAAGUUAGGUUUACAACCUGUAGAUGAAAUGCGAAGGUCGUUGUAUAUUAAUUUAUAGGAAGGAUGGUGAUUUCAAUUUUAUUUCGAUGUCACGAAUGCAUGAUGAACUGUUCGCCGUUCAAAGGAACCUUUAAAGAUAAAUUCGGAAAAAUUUCAUGGGGAACCUAUUUUUUCCUUCGUAUGGCAUCUAAUCUGCAUAGAGUGUACAGUACGUUGAGCACGAGCUGUUUGGUUGUGGACGUGAGUUAUCAUACAGCUGUCGACUGGGCGAACUCCGUAAGACCACGUUGUGAUAAUUUCCUUGUAUAAUUUAUUCCAAAUGAAAAUUGGUGGACCCCGAAAGAUUGUCGAGAUGAUAAUUCAUGUUUCGUAUAUUAAGUAAAUAACAAGUCAGAAGUUAGUCUUAACUGGGUUAUUAGUAAAUUCAAGAAGCAUUUAUAAUUUGUACCAAGCUUCAAUAUUUAUAUAACUAAUUAGAGUCGGCACAGGCGAAUGGAAAGGAUAUACAUAGUCAUAUCGAUGAUUUAGGAGGAGUCGAUAUUAAACGAAAUUGAAACGCGCAGAAAGUUUCGUCGAUCCGGUUACGGUGUCCAUACACAAAAAAUUGAAAGAUUGUGGCUUUGUUUGAAAAACAAAGAACUUGCCAAUUCAUCCCAUUCGUAUUUAUAUGCCUUUAUAUAUAAGAAGAUUCUGAGAUGGGAAAAAACCAGAACGUUUCGAGUUGUUUCUUUGGCAUUUGAGUAAGGUUUUCCAGGAGCGGGCCACGCACCAAUAUGAGAAGAGCCGGAAACUGUUCCUUCUGUCCCGACAGCAAUCCCAAGAAUAAUAAUGAAAAUCGAAAGAGGAAGAAAGAAGAAACGUGUGUUAAAAGUUUAUCACAGCGUAAAAGAAUGAACAGGAAAUAUCAAUGUGAAACUUGCAAGAAAGAACUUACUUCGAGAUAUGGAUUUAAAUGUCACCAGAAGAUUCAUACCGGAGAGAGAUUAUUUACAUGUGAUGAUUGCAAACGAAGUUUCAUACGAAAACAACAUCUGAUAAACCAUCUCCGAAUUCAUACAGGGGAGAAGCCUUUCACUUGUGAUGAUUGCAAACGAAGUUUCACACGAAAACAACAUCUGAUAAACCAUCUCCGAAUUCAUACAGGGGAGAAGCCUUUCACUUGUGAGGAUUGCAAACGAAGUUUCACACAAAAACACCACCUGAUAGACCAUCUCCGUAUUCAUACAGGAGAGAAGCCGUUCUCUUGUAAUUAUUGCACACACAAAUUCACUUUCAGAUCGCAUUUAUAUGAUCAUAUUAUGAGACAUCAUAAUAAUAAUCGUGAAUAAUGUCUUUUGCGAAGCAAAAUGUGGAAAAGAAAAGUGGAUAAAAAUGAUUGGCAGGCUGCAUAUAUUUAAAAAACAUUUAAUACUCGUAAUUAUAUUUUAUUGAAAACAACAAAUUAGUUUCAUUUUCUUGAUUUGUAAUUUUUACAUUUUAGAUUUUUUAAAAAAAUCGAUUUUAUGGACUAA